GCAGAAAUAACUUAACUCGGGCCAGAAUAAAGUUCAUGAUAACACAAGAUCUGAGAGAUGCAAUUAAAAUCCACAGUAAGCAUCAUUUUUUAAAUACAGGGAGUUGUCACCUUGUACGCAACUGGCAGACAACACAAAUACAGGACAUAUGUAGAUAAGCUAUUUAUCUGUGCAGAUUUUUGGUAACAGAAUAACAUUUUGCUUAUCUCAUUAUAUGCUUGCAAUUCUUAAUCUGUUGACCAGUAAUUAAUAGUUGUAUGUCAGAGGAAAUUAUUUCCUAACCAGGCUUAUCUUGAUGUGAAUUAAUCUUCAAAUACUUCACCUUACUAUAUGAAAAAUAAACAAAAAUGUACACUUUUAUAGACAACAUUAUAUUAUAUUAGAAAAUAUACACAGACUCAAUUUACAGAGUACUUAGAUCUUGGGGAAAGACUCAUGGUAAAAUCUUUAGUGAUUAAGGGCAGCUUUUUUGCAUUGUAUAAAAAAUUUAACCAUUUCCCUUUUUUCAUUUGGAAAAGGUGAAAAAACCCAGGAAAGUAUUUUCAGGCACAUAACUUUUUCGGGUAUUGUAACAACCACACAUGAAAAAAAUCCUAGGCUACUGUAAUAAAUUAUGGUUAAUUUAUCAUCACUGGGAAGCAGCUCCAAUUCAGAAAUAUGUUUCACCGUUAUGCAAGAGCUCAGUCCUGACAAAAGCCACUACCUAUCUACCCUUCUCAGGCAUUUCACCACUGAUAUCCAAUUUCCUAAAAAGUUCAAAGACGGUUCACUUUAGCACUCAGCUGUAGAGUUUAUGCAUCUCUUAUAACCUGCCUAGAUGAAUUAAAUAUUUUACAAAACAUUUCGUGCACUGCUCAUGCUGGUAUAUGCACCAACACCGAUUACAAUCAGUGGCUGGGUUGUUACACCACAGAAAAUAGGUCACCAUUAUUUCCCUGGAACGAGUGCUGCCAGUCACCCCAGAGCGCGGUCUCCACAACCAGCUGGGGCCUAGGACUCAUCAGCUCCAGCUGAUGCCCAGAAGGAAGCGCAAGAUGCCCCACUUCCACCCAACACCCAUUUCCCACAUUUUUUUGCACCCACUCAUGGAGAGAGAGAGUGGCAAUUAUCUGGCAGCUGCUUUUCCUGAUCAGAUGAGCCGUUCAGACAACAGACCUUACAGCUAUCACUGCUGUACUGUACUGCUACCACGCAGCAGUCACUGAGAGGAUACAUGGAGGCACUUCGUACCUGCUUCUUACAGUUGGGAACAGUGUCAAGAGGUCAGUAUGUAAGAGCAUGUGGAAGACACUGCCUUGGACAUCAGUCCUGGGGUAUUGCAACAGAGUGUCUCAGCUUUGUAUAGUUCUUGAUGAAUGAAGAGAAGUUGGGUUAGGCAGCUAGGGACAUGUCACGCUGAUGACAAUGGCCAGAGUGACCUUCAUCCUUAAGGACCUUUGCCCUCUGCCAGCCAUUUAACACCAACAUCAUGCACACCUAUAUUAACCAAAGUAGAUAACUCAUGCCCGAACUUCUUGUAAUACAGCUGCAGCCUGAGAAACUCAAAAAGCGAUCCAUGUCUGCCCACAAAGGGAUGGCUUGAACGUGAGCCAUUUCCCACAUGGCAGCAAGCAAGGAGCCAGAACCCAAAGUAAUAUCAGUGGACAGGAAAAUACAAGACAAAUCACAUGACUCAGCUAAACUUAUACAAAAAGUUCUGUUUACAGAGAAAUGCACUAGAUUCCAAAAUUAUACAUAAUAAACACAUAAUAAAUACAAGGCAUACCAUGCAAGGGCAGCAGCUUCUGCCAGAACCAGAAAGUGACUGUAACCAGCAUGCUGUAUCACCUGGCUACAGUGAUGCCAAAAUAAAGCAGAAAUCCCAUUCUAGAAAUCACAAGUCAAGCUCAGGUUCAUGGAUCAAUAUUAACAGGCUAUAGAGGGCGGGUACAGUUUCUGAAUAAGUCAGUGCACGUGAUUUUGUAGCCGAGUAACCCAUUGUAAGGGUGGCUCUGAGCAGACUUUCUGGUCACUCAUUUGACGAUGACUAGUGCUGUCCAGAACAGGGGAAUUCACACACAAACAAGAACUCAGAGCUACGUUUGAGGAUUAUCCUGGAAAACUGUCAGGAAAUACUCUGUGUUUGUUCAUCCUAUGUCUCUAAAGGAGCCUAAUCAUAACGGCACAGUGUAGGUGCCAUCAGGUCUGCCUCACACAAACAGAAAGCCAGAAAACGUGCCUGUCUUGAUGGAUAUGGUCAUUUUUUUCUUUAUUAGUGUAGCAGAAGGUGGUGUACUUUCUGACAGAGAGCAAAAGGAAGAGAGAAAAGCAACAGCAAACGUGAUUAACUAACUCGGGCGACACAUGAAAACGAGGAAGGAAACAACACACCACGCCAACAGAAAAAGUCUCGCCUUUCUACACAUUUCCCCAUUCUUAAUACUUUGCUCAAGGCUUCUGCCAGCAGAGGAACAGCGGAUGAAGUGGAGAUAGCCAAAGACCCCUCUCUGAAACAGCUGCUGCCAGGUUUGCUCAGUCUAUUCCAAACAAUGGGAGACCUUGCAAACAAGAGCAUAGUCAGUAACUCCAGUGGAGCACCCUCCUCCGCACCAUGCCAUCGGGACACCACAGUCACCCACCUGGUCUUCCCAGUACUGUAUACACUCGUCUUCCUUCUGGGACUCGUACUGAACAGCCUGGCUUUCUGGGCUUUCUUCCAUAUACCAAGCACAUCAACUUUCAUUGUCUACCUGAAAAAUAUCUUAGUUUCUGACUUUAUAAUGACCCUGAUGCUUCCUCUGAAAAUCCUGACGGACUCUGGCCUGGGACCAUGGCAGCUCAAAGCCUUCGUCUGUCGCUUCUCAGCCGUAGUAUUUUAUGACACAAUGUAUAUUAGCAUAGUGCUACUUGGCCUCAUUGCUUUUGACAGAUUUCUCAAGAUUGUGAGACCUUUUGGGAAGUUCUGGGUACAAAACCUGACCUCGGCAAAAAUCCUUGCGGGUCUGGUCUGGCUCUUCUUCUUUGUUCUCUCUCUGCCUAACAUGAUCUUAUCGAACAAGAAAGCAACACCCCAAUCCGUGAAGAAGUGUGCCUCGUUGAAGAAUUACUUUGGACUCAAAUGGCACGAAGCCGUCAAUUAUAUCUGUCAGUUCAUUUUCUGGACUGUUCUCAUCCUCAUGUUCCUAUUUUAUACAAUUAUCGCCAAAAAGGUAUAUGAGUCUUAUCUAAAAACACAGAAGAAAGACAACAAAAGUGAAAAAAGGGUCAAGGGGAAAGUAUUCAUCAUUUUUACUGUGUUUUUCUUAUGCUUUGCCCCCUUUCAUUUUAGCAGGGUUCCCUAUACUCUGAGUCAAACAACCAGCCGAAUGGACUGCCAUCUGCAGAACCAGCUCUUUGUCGCGAAAGAAAGCACUCUGUGGCUGGCUAGCACAAACAUCUGCAUGGACCCCCUGAUAUACAUGUUCUUGUGCAAACCAUUUGUAGAAAAGGUGUUAUGCAGGAGAGUAAAGACAUUUCGGAAAACAGUUCAUACAAACCCAAAAACCGAACUGGACACACGAACGUCAGCUACUCAGUCUUGACUCUGCAGCUUCACACUCUACAGUACCUGCAUAUUCACAGAGAACUUUAAUUUGUUUUUAUUACUGCUGUAGAAAAUGAAA